CAAAGGCAUAUCGAAACCAAUGAAGAGGGCGCUGAUAAAAGUGUAAAAGUUUUAUUUUCCGUAAAACCACUGUUACGAGAAAGAGACAGAUAUUGUUAUUUCUGAGUCAAGUUGAACAAUUACUGCAUUUUCAUAGGAAAGUUCUUUAGAGUGUCUAAACAGUCAAGAUCAAAUUAACUGUUGCUCAGUUCAUCAAUCAACCUAAGAUAUGUAAACAAAAAAGCAAAGAUUAAUUUUCUUUCGUAUUUUUAAUUUUAUGUAGUAUCUAUGUGGUACUUUAUAAUAUACUCCUAUUUUAAUUAUAUGUUGUAAGAAAUGUCUGUUAUAAUAUUAGCAGUUGCAAGUGAUAGUGGUGUGCCAAUAUUUUCAAGAAAACGCGGCAACAAUGAACACAUACAAUUUUCAACGAUCGCUUCGCUACAUGGCAUUAACAUGUUCACGAAGUGCCACAAUUUGUCAAUGAUCGAUACAAAACUAGACAAUGGGAGGAUUUUAUGGAAAGAAUAUUGUAAAAGUGUAACUCUGAUUGGAAUAGCUACAGGUGGACUUGAAUGUGACUUGGAGUUACUAUUGUCAUGUGUCCACGAUUUGAUGAUAUUCUUCAUUGGGCAGAGAGAAUUGGAGAACUUUAAAAACAUAGAACAGAUCAAAAGAGAUCUGCGGCAGUGCUACCCGAUGCUGAAUUAUCUAUUGGAAUCCCUGGACCCCAGCACAGCGUCUGGUCCGUUGCCGAUGUUAGAUCUGAUGCAAUGCACUAUAUGCCCACAGGCACCACAGUUAGAGCACGCGCUGGAGGCGUACAGCGCGCGCGUGCGCGGGCGCUGGGCGCUGCUGGCGGCGGGCGGCGCGCGCGCGGCGGCGGGCGCGCGCUGGGCGGCGCUGCGCGCGCGCGAGCGGCGCCUGCUGCGGCUGCUGCUGGCCGCCGCGCCCGCCGCCGCGCGCGCCACGCCCGUCUACCUGCCCGACACUAGUCCGCACGUGGCGUUCCGCGCGGUGACGUGCAAGCUGCUGUCGGACGUGUUCGUGCUGGUGGUGUGCGGCGCGACGCCCGCGCUGCCGCAGCUCGAGGAGCUCGCGCUGCGCAGCUGGGAGCCGCUCGCCGCGCUGCUGCACGAGGCCCGGCUGGCCGGCCCCGCCGGCUUGCCCGCUAGCGUGGCGCUGGACAGCGCUGUGUUGGGCAUCCUGGUGGUAAACAUAUCGUCCCGCGAGUGCGUGUUGCCGCGUCCGCCGGGCGGCCGCUCUCGCGUCCCGAGACUCGACGCGCUGCUGGGCUUCUACCGCGCCGCCGCCACACUGCUCGCGCCCGAGACGCUCGAGCCAGGGACUGAUGGCGAUGAGUUUGAACGCUGUGUGAGCGAGACGUACUGGUGCUCGGAGUACCACAAGUGCUACGGCUGCCGCCGCGGCGAGCUGCUCUGCUGCGCGCUGUUCCCGGCCGCCGUGCCCACGCACGCCGCCAGGUUGAUGACUCAUCAGAUAUUACAAGACUUAAGCUCAAACAAAGACAUGCAUUGGUAGCCCUUGCUUCAGCACGGGCGCCCGACAAGCAGACUGAACUUGCAAUAUAUUGUUAAACUGUGAUGCGCCCUUCUUAUGCCGUGUAAGACGAGGAAGCAAUAUGUAAUCUUCCAUUCACGUUAGUUGUAAGUGUAACGUGUAAUUGUUUUGUAUAAUAAUAGAUAUGCAAGCUUUUUUAAUCUCCUUGUAUAAUUUUAGUUUAAACAUAUGUAUAAGUUUAGUUUACUUUUAUAAUCAUAGAUGGCGUUAUCCCAUAUUGUUUUUUGGCCUCAUUGGAGCUCACUUGUCAAAUUUAUAGCUCCGUAAUAAAUUAAAUGAAAUAAAUAUUUUAAAGUUGCUCGCCGCCUCAGUGUGUAUUUGUACUCGCGGCGGAAGGUCGCGCUCGUGAAGCUCUCGCGAAGUGCAGUGUGUGCCUCCAACUCUUGACUUGUGUUGAUUCGGACGGAGAUGCGAUGAACGAUAAUACAGUGUGAAGAAUUGGCGUGUGAAGAUGCUGAUGCUGCCUGGAAGAUCUGCUGAUGCGCGAUGUGUGGCAUGUCUUAGAGCUAUUUUCUUCUGGUUUCUAGGCAAUGAAGUCGGCAUGAAAUUAAAGUGCUUGAUUUGCCUUUGUUUGUUGUAGUCAUCUCUUAUCCUUGAUUUUCCAGGUAACUUUUCGGUAGGUAUGUUUUUUUGGUUAUUCGUAUGCCAGGUAUAACAAGUAUAUUUGGUAUGGUUCUGGUAAUUAGGUAAGUAUGAUGGUAUUGAUGCUUAACCUUUUCAGCGCCAAAGUCUGAUUGAUAUAUCAGACGUUUAAGUUUCGUGCCCUCGCCGCCAAAGUCUGAUAUAUCAGUCAAAUAAAUCUUACCAAUUUAGCUGUAUUUUUUCUUAUCUUUAUAGUACCUGACGACAUAUGCAUAACAUUUUUAGACAGUUCAUACUUUAGUUAAUCAAAAAUAACAAUUUCACGAUUUAUUAUAAUGUUAUUUGAAUAAUAAAUUAUCAAAAACAAAACCAUGUUUAUCA